AUGACCCAUUGGUGGCGACGUGACGAAGUGUUUGCACUCCUGCAGGCAUGGGAGCAAACGAUUCCUGCCCCUCGUGACCGUGAUGAACUCAUUGGUCACGACUUGCAUCGAUUGUAUGCACGCUUUGACGCGUUGCGACCACGCGAUGGAGCACCCAUUGGUCUCGUCGAAGUGGAAGCACAGCGACAACGGUUGGUUCGAACUUUCUUGUUUUUACGUGCAUUUAAUACUGAAAGCAUACGUGCUGGACGACCGACAUGGUUUCAAUUACCACCACAACAACAGGACGAUCUACGUCGUUUAAACGGACGAUUGGGGGACUUGGCGGUUGUCGCACAGGAUGAAUUCGACUUUCUUUUCCGAAUUUGCCAAGAAUUGCCACGUACUUCGAGACAACCAUAUCAAGUGUCAGAACGGCCGAUGGCCGAUGAAAUGAAGGCAGCAGCUGAAGCACUUGCGGGGUUACCGAAAUUUCGCCCCAAUAAUCAAGUGCGACCGACGUUGUCACCGUCCUUGUCACCUCCGUCGUCACCCGCAGCAAAGCCGUCGGAUUCGGAAGAACAAGCAGUAUCGGAACAUGUUGUUUCGACCAAGAAAAGUCACAAGGAGGAAGAGUCGGACACGGACUACACGCCUCCAAAAGCCAAGAGUAGAGCCAAGAGCAAAACGACCUCUAGGUGGUCGAAACGAGACGAACAACAACUCAUCUCGGCUUGGCAUGAGGUGGUCACAUCACUUGCAGACAAUGGAUAUGCUGGGUCAUACGCCUCUCGCAACGAAGGGCUUCGACUGAAUUCUCUUAUCCACCAGCGGUAUGUCGAAAUAUGCGGCGGCAGUAACAAGGCCCGGACGAACCAGUCGACCGGGGCAAAGAAACACGCCAUCAUGAUGGCUUUCCGAUCGUUGCGCAAUGUACUUCGCACAUUGGCGUCAUUGAGUGAACGACCGAACUGGUUUAGUAUGACACCGGACGAACGGAUGGAUCUGCAGAAAAUGCAUGGACACCACCAUGAACAUGCCUGUUUGAUUGAGAAAGAAACGUACCAACGACUUGGCGAGAUUGAUCGGGCACAACGAACAGUGUUAACGCCAGUUGCAAAUGCGCUUCGUGCCCCGAUAACGCUUGAUCAACUAUUGCGACGUUCGCAAAAAAAGACGGGCAAGGACACUGCAAACGGAAAGUAUAAGGGUGGUCCACCACGAGGUUACGUUGUUGCAGAACGAUCUUCCGAAGAUGAGGACUCGUCUGAUACUGACGCAUCAAUUCGAGAUGUCAAAAGUGAAUGCUCGAGUCAGGCGUUAACGAGCAAAGCAAGACGUUCUAGUCCAGUUGUUUCUCGAAGACUAAGUCGCGACGUCGACUCUAUUGGAACGACCUCUCCUCCUAAACGUCGUCGCACGGGGCUGAGUGAUGCCAAGUGGGUAACACGAUUGUUGGAAGCUCAGACGCAGCGAUUCGAGUCACUUCUGGCCGAGUUCCAGGAGGAACGGCGACAGGAGCGUCAGCACAACUUGGAGAUCAUCCUCGAGGCACUCAAGUUGCGAAGUGCGUCCGCCCAGAAAUCGGGCCUGCCGUCGCAGUUCGCGGAGACAUUGGUCGAGAAGCAACGCCAGCACAUGUUGGGACUGUUUAACCAGCUACAGGAUGAGCGUUCUCAAGAACGCGAUCAGGCUCGGAUGCUGCUGCGAGAACUGGGAACUUCUCGUCUUGUAAGUCAAAACCAGGAGCACACGAAGUGA